AUGGGAGACACCUUCAUCCGCCACAUCGCCCUCCUGGGCUUCGAGAAGCGAUUCGUGCCCAGCCAGCACUACGUGUACAUGUUCCUGGUGAAGUGGCAGGACCUGUCAGAGAAGGUGGUCUACCGGCGGUUCACGGAGAUCUACGAGUUCCACAAAAUGUUAAAGGAAAUGUUCCCUAUCGAGGCGGGGGACAUCAACCCAGAGAACAGGAUUAUCCCCCAUUUACCAGCCCCCCGCUGGUUUGACGGUCAGCGGACAGCUGAGAGCCGCCAGGGCACCCUGACCGACUACUACAGCGCCCUCAUGGGCCUGCCCAUCAAAAUCUCUCGAUGCCCCCACCUGCUGGACUUCUUCAAGGUGCGUCCCGACGACCUCAAGCUGCCCAUGGACAGCCAGGUGAAAAAGCCAGAGACAUACCUAAUGCCCAAAGACGGCAAGACUAAUAUAGCCGACAUUACGGGACCCAUCAUCCUGCAGACGUACCGCGUCAUCGCUGACUACGAGAAGAGCUCAGGCACCGAGAUGGCUCUGGCCACGGGCGAUGUGGUGGAUGUGGUGGAGAAGAGCGAGAGCGGCUGGUGGUUCUGUCAGAUGAAGGCGAAGCGUGGCUGGGUCCCAGCAUCCUACUUGGAGCCCAUGGACAGUCCUGACGAGUUGGAGGACCCAGAGCCCAACUACGAAGGUGAGCCUUACAUCACCAUCAAGGCCUACACUGCUGUGGAGAAGGAUGAGAUGUCCCUGGAUGAGGGCGAGGCCAUCGAGGUCAUUCAUAAGCUCCUGGAUGGCUGGUGGGUUGUCAGGAAAGAGGACAUUACAGGCUACUUCCCUUCCAUGUACCUGGAAAAGUCCGGGCAAGACCUGGCCCAGGCCCGACGCCAGAUCAAGAGCAGAGGGGCGCCGCCCCGCAGGUCGUCCAUCCGCAACGCACACAGCAUCCACCAGCGGUCGCGGAAGCGCCUAAGCCAGGACACCUAUCGCCGCAAUAGCGUCCGCUACUUGCAGCAGCGCCGCCGCCCGGUGCGGCCCGGACCCGAGAGUGCUGGGACCCGGCUGCAGGAGAAGUCACAAGCGGAGCGUGCAAAGCCGCAGCCGGCGGUGCCCCCGCGGCCUAGCGCCGACCUCAUCUUGCACCGGUGCAGCGAGAGCACCAAGCGGAAGCUGGCGUCUGCGGUCUGA